AUGCUCGAGGUCCUGGUGCUGAAGGUUGAAGAUCCAGGUUGCUUCUGGGUUAUUAUAAAAGGAUGUAGUCCCUUUUUAGAUCAUGAAAUUGACUAUCAAAAACUAAAUAGUGCCAUGAAUGACUUCUAUAAUAGCAUGUGUCAAGAUGUAGAAAUAAAACCAUUAAUGUUGGAAGAAGGGCAGGUUUGUGUGGUUUAUUGUCAGGAGCUCCAGUGCUGGUGCAGGGCUAUUAUUAAGUCAAUUGUGUCUUCAGCAGACCAUUACCUGGCAGAAUGUUUCCUCGUGGAUUUUGCCAAGUAUAUUCCAGUGAAAUCUAAAAACAUCCGAGUUGCAGUAGAAACUUUUAUGCAGCUUCCCUAUAGAGCGAAAAAAUUCAGACUGUACUGCACGAAACCUGUCACAUUACACAUUGACUUCUGUGAAGACAGUGCUGAAAUUGUACCCGCCCAGAAGUGGGACAGUGCAGCUAUUCAGUACUUUCAGAACAUUCUCAAAGCAACUACCCAGGUGGAAGCCAAAUUGUGUGCUGUGGAAGAAGAUACUUUUGAGGUUUAUCUUUAUGUAACUAUAAGAAAUGAAAAAGUUUGUGUUAAUGAUGAUCUGGUUGCAAAGAACUUCGCUUGUUAUGUAUCACCCACGGAGAAUAAAAACCUUGAUUCUUUAGAGAAAUCAAGAUUGAAUAUAAAGUCAGCAUCCUUUUCCAAUAAACUCAACCCGGCACUUACUCUUUGGCCAAUGUUUUUGCAAGGAAAAAAUUCUCAAGGAAUGGAAAAAUCACAGGGUUUAACUUUUCUGGAGCAGUCACUUCAGCAUCCGUGGCCCAAGCAUGUUGUGGGUGACCCAGGGCCAACUGCCACGAUCCUGGAUAAAACUAUAAACUGUAAAAUGGAUUCGUUGAGAAGCUCACCUAAAAAAAAUGAAAAGAAACAACAGUGCGUCUCUUUAAAAGAUGUAAAUAAGUGUGUUGAAUCUUCAGUAUACUGGCCAACAAAAAGAGGCAUAACCAUAUAUGCUGAUCCAGAUAUACCAGCAGCCAGUGCUUUAUGUCAGAAGUCAAAUGAUAAACCACUUAGAUUGACUGAGAAGAACGAAUACAAUGAGAAGAAUGGCUGUGUGAAAUUAUUGCAAUUUUUAAAUCCUGAUCCUUUGAGAGCUGAUGAAAUCUCUGAUCUACAGCAGAGGCAGAAGUUGAAGUUGGGCACACAGCAGCCCUUCACAGUGCUCCGGAACAAGAUCGAUCCUUGCUUAUCCAUUGACACGUCGCCACUUUCGGCAGACGUGAAAAAGGCUCUUCAAAGAAAUAAGUUUCUGGGACCUAACCACACUGAAUCUUACUCCUGGCCUCCCAUAGCACGUGGCUGUGAUGUGGUUGUCAUUUCCCAGUGUGGAAAUGACCCUUCAUUGUACCUUCCACCAGUGCUUACGAUUUUGCAAACGGGGGGCUGCUACCAGUCAUUACCGAGUAGAAAUGGACCGCUGGCAGUCAUCGUAUGUCCUGGGUGGAAAAAGGCCCAAUUUAUCUUUGAAUUAUUGGGAGAAUAUAGCACAUCCUCCAGGCCUCUUCAUCCUAUGUUGUUAACCAUUGGACUCCACAAAGAUGAAGCCAAAAAUAUGAAGCUUCCAAGGGGGUGUGAUGUUAUUGUUACAACACCACACAGCCUCCUGAGAUUUCUCAAAUAUCAAAGCUUGUUAUUUCUUAGACUCUGUCACCUAAUUUUGGAUGAGGUAGAAGUAUUAUUCUUUGAAGCUAGUGAACAGGUGUUUGCUAUAUUACAUAACUUUAAAAAAAGUACUGAAGUUGAAGAAAGGGAAUUCGCACCACAUCAGAUUGUUGCAGUUGGAGUUCAUUGGAACAGACAUAUAGAACAUUUACUCAAAGAGUUCAUGAAUGACCCGUAUGUUGUGAUCACGGCCAUGGAAGAGGCUGCUCUCUAUGGCAAUGUCCAACAGGUAGUACACCUUUGCCUAGAAAGUGAAAAAACCUCUACUUUACUCCAAACUCUUGAUUUCAUCCCAAGUCAGGCACAAAAGACCUUGAUCUUCACCUGUUCUGUAGCUGAAACUGAAAUUGUGUGUAAGGUAGUAGAAAGCAAUUCAAUAUUUUGCUUGAAAAUGCAUAAAGAAACGGUUUUUGAUUUUAGAAGUAUUUUAGAACAGUGGAAGAAGAAAUUAAGUUCUGGCUCUCACAUUGUAUUAGCCAUAACUGAUGACUGCAUACCACCCUUGGCCAUCACUGAUGCCACGUGUGUGAUUCACUUCAGCUUUCCUUCCUCGCCAAAAAUCUUUGGUGGACGCCUAUAUUGCAUGUCUGAUCAUUUUCAGAAUUCGACUGAACAGGGUUCUCCUGCGGAACAGGGAGAUAAGAAAACCAAAUCUGUCUUGCUGCUGACGGAGAGAAAUGCGUGCCACGCAGUUGGCAUCCUGCGCUAUUUGGAGAGAGCGGAUGCCAAGAUUCCAUCGGAGCUGUAUGAAUUUACGGCAGGGGUGCUAGAAGCCAAGGAAGAGAAAAAAGCCAGGAGGCCCCUGUGUCCAUAUCUUAAGGCUUUUGGUUUUUGCAAAGAAAAAAGGCUCUGUCCUUAUAGACACCAUAUUAAUCCAGAAAUAGACACGCCAAAGAAAUUAUCCAACCAGGCUCUACCAACGUGUGGCUACAUUAAAAUAAUACCCUUUUAUAUUUCAAAUGCAACAAAUUACUUUGGUCGUAUCGUUGAUAAACAUGUGGAUCUUUAUGCAUCUCUUAAUGCUGAAAUGAAGGAGUAUUUUGAGGAUUCCAGUAAUAAAACAACUGUUGAAAAGGUGGAGAAAUUUGGAUUAUAUGGAUUAGCAGAAAAAACACUUAUUCACAGAGUUCAGGUGUUGGAGAUGAGCCAAAAAGAAGACACCUGUGCCGUGGAUGAUGUCCUUGUGAAGUUUAUAGAUGAAGGCAGGACUGGGCUUGUCACAAGAGGCCAACUACUGCAUCUCCCAGGAAAUUUCCACACUCUGCCCCCACAGGCUGUGGAGUUUAUCGUUUGUCGAGUGAAACCCGCUGACAAUGAAAUUGAGUGGAAUCCAAAGGUUACUAGGUACAUUCAUCAAAAAAUUAUUGGAAAACUGCAUGAUGCAAAAGUGAUACUGGCUUUUGGAAAUACAGUUUGGAUUGAUCCAAUGGUGCACAUUACAAAACUUACAAGUUUGAAAACUUCUGUCAUUGAUUACAAUGUUCGAGCUGAAAUUUUGUCAAUGGGAAUGGGCGUUGAUAAUUCAGAACAUACAGAACUACUGAAAAAAUUAUAUGAAGGAGCUAAAAUGCCAGCUUUUGAAGAAAGCCUAAGCCAAACCCUGGCGCCUUCUUCAGCGGAAGAUGCCACCUGUCUGCCCAGCACAUGGCAGGAGAACGGGGGUUCAGGAAGUGGUUCCGACUCUGAGACAAACUCAGAAAACCCAAAGCAUGAAACUUUACCCGAAAACACUGGAGGUGCUCCCAUUAACAAAACUACAGAGCCUCUAAAAAGCUUCCACCCACAAAUAAAAUGGUUCCAAAAAGACGAUGUGGUCGUAUUGAAGAUAAGAAUAAGGAAUGUAAAAGAUUACAAGUGUAAAUAUUUCAGAGAUAGAGUCAUUUUCAGUGCCUGGGUAGGUGAGAAGUUUUACUUGGCUGAUAUGGAACUGCAGGCCAACAUAAUACAAGAUGAUUGCGAAUGCAUAAUUAAAAACGAGGAGCCCAUAAUCACUCUUGCAAAAGAGAGAAGGGAGUCUUGGUGUAGCUUACUCAAACAGAGGAAUCCUAAUGUGGCUUUUGACUUUGAUCACUGGGAAGAAAGUGAGGAGGAAAACCACUUCUCCAAGGCUGUGAAUUCUAAAAGCCUGUCCUGCAAAGUGGCAGAGGUGGUUGAGAACAGUGACCAAACUUCGGAGGAGGAUGAAACUGAGAGUGAAUGAAAAUGCGAAUUAAAUCCUGAAGAGCAGCCAGAACACUAUAAACAGAAAUGGAUAUUGUUUUGUGACUGAAAGUUAAGAAAAGAAGCAGUCAUAGUCAAACCUUUUUCCACCACAAGGAUAAAUUACCACUAAGUGUCAACUUGUGGUGCUGGGAUUGGUAGUGGUGAGAAAUUCUGAAUCGAUUUUAAAAUGGGCUGAAAGGCCGGCCGAGUGGCUCAGUUGGUUAAGAGCUUGCUCAAGAGUUUGAGCUCUGAGCAACAG